GAAGAAGAGAAGGGGAAGCCAAUCCACCCUGGACCAUCCUUGAGGACCAUGACUGACUCCAUAGAUUGUGGCAUUGUGGGGAAGGAAGAAGGGUUAGUGGAUUUAAUCUGGCCAAGUCAAAAUAGUUAAAGUUGUAAAUCUGUGCUAGUCAAAACUUUGCCACAGUGUUGUACAAAGAGGUAAGAAAGAAAGGACAAGAUGGACAGACACACAGAGAAAGAGAGAGAAGAUAUGAAGACAAAAGACUCAGAGGAAGGAACCAAGAAGUAAAAAGAACAAGUCUACUCCAAUUCUGAUUUCUGAGAGAAUUUUACAUUGAAUUGGGAUUUUAAUAUUUUCUAGGGGUUUUGUCUCUAUGGUUUUGCCCAAAACGGUGAAAACUCAUGAAAGUGUAGGACUUUUCAGGUCACCUUCUUCCAUCAAAGACAAAGGCCACCCCUUUUUCUUUUUAGUUGUUUUUUUCUUUCCAUAAUUUCUUCUUUUUACUCUGUUGAUGGAUCCCAAGGCCUCAAAACAGCCUCAGGAGAUACCCAGCUUCUUGAGCCUCCCACAACCUCAACAACAACAACAGCAGCACCAACAGCAUCAUCAGCAACUGCCCAACACCAUGAGUGAGAACAACAACAACAACAAUCACAACCACAACAACAACAACAACGUUGUGAAACCGGCGGAGAUCAAAGACUUCCAGAUUGUGGUUGCGGACAAAGACGAAACCAAGAAGCAGUUGGCGCCCAAACGUAGCUCAAACAAAGACAGACACACCAAAGUGGAAGGCAGAGGAAGAAGGAUAAGGAUGCCGGCUCUCUGCGCCGCCAGAAUCUUCCAAUUGACUCGGGAAUUGGGCCACAAAUCGGACGGAGAAACAAUCCAAUGGCUGCUGCAGCAGGCUGAGCCGUCCAUAAUUGCAACCACCGGCACCGGGACGAUCCCGGCGUCGGCUCUAGCGGCGGCAGGAGGGUCUGUAUCGCAGCAGGGGAGUUCAAUAUCAGCUGGCUUGUAUCAAAAGACAGAUGAUUUAGGGUCCAGUGGAGGUAGGACCAGUUGGGCUAUGGUGGGAGGGAAUUUAGGGAGGCCCCAUGUGGCUGCAGCAACUGGGCUAUGGCCCCCUGCUGGGUUUGGUUUUUCUUCACAGUCAUCUUCAUCUGGUCCAUCUACUACAAAUCUGGGAGGGACUGAGAGCAGCUCCAAUUACCUCCAAAAGAUUGGCCUUCCUGGGUUUGACUUGCCAGUCACCAACAUGGGACCUAUGAGCUUCACUUCAAUUCUGGGUGGGGGAAGUCAACAGCUGCCUGGUUUGGAACUUGGGUUGUCUCAAGAUGGCCAUCUUGGGGUUUUGAAUUCUCAGGCUUACCAGAUUUACCAGCAGAUGGGCCAUGCUAGAGUGCACCACCAUCAACAGCAGCAACAGCAACACCACCAGCAGCAGCACCAACACCAGCAACAGCAGCAAGCUCCGUCUUCUAAGGAUGAUUCUCAAGGCUCAGGACAGUAGGAACCAAACAGAGGAGAAAUUGGUGGUGAAAGUUUAGAUCUUUGUGAAAUCAAGCAGUAGUAGCAUUUGUUGGGGACUUGAGUUUGUUUUUUCGGUAAUGGUAUUUGUAUUGUAUACUUUGAGAGAAUUCAAUAGGGGCACUGGAAAUGGAUGUUUCUUUUGCUCCUUGUUCUCCAUUGCAUGACUCAAGUCUCCAUAUAAAGGUGGGAAUUGUGCACAGUCAAACAGAUGGUUUGGGUGUUGGGCUUAACUGCUGCUUUAAUUCAGAGGUGUGUUGAUUAUAGUGUAAGCCAAUUAGUUUGUUCUUCACUAGGUGUGAAUGAAGUGGUGCUCCAGUUUGUUUGUGAAAAUUUAAACCGCAAAGUUCUACAGUUAUACUUAUCCAAUUUUUUUCCCUAGAUGUAGUGAGGGUUGUUCUUAAUCAUCUAAGAUCUUCAUUAUGUUUUGCACAAACAAGCAAUUUACUAGUAUCUCAAUCAGCUAUCUAUUACUUGUACUCUACUCGCUUUCUCGUAUUACUUCCAAAGAAUGCAUCUUUAGACUAGUCUCAGUU